UCUUCUGCUUUCGGUGUGUAUGUUGCUUCUAAUGUUGUUUGAUUAUUAGAGGCUAUCGUUUUUUAGAAUUUCUCAUUGUUUUAAGUAACGGUACACAUGGCAACUCCGCGUGAUUUUGCGGAUUUCAAAGAUGCAGUAGCCUUGGUUGCUGAGCAUCUUCCUGAUGGUUUUACCUGCUGUGCAGGUUUACUUCCACCGCAGGUAUCUAGACGAAUAGUUAGGGAUUUCAAUGAUGAUGGGCAGUCGAGUGUGUUUGAAGGUACUCCUUCUGCGCUAUUGAUUGAAUUUCCAUUUCGUAAGCUAUUGCUGGAGUCUAGGGUUGUGCAACGUAUCUGCUAUGGCAUGGAUGAUUGCAACAGGCCAUUAUUUGCUAAAAGCAGCUCGCCGAAAAACAAUCUGUUGCUACUUGAUCCAGCUAGGUUGACUAUUUAUCUAAAGGAUCGCCUUGACUCUACUAAGCGGAAGUUGUUGAUGAAAUGCUUCACUGCGGACAUUUGGUUAGGUUUCUUGAAGAUGCUGAGUUUAGGUAUAGGCGAGAGGAUACGUAUGGUAUACGCCAUGUCAGAGGAUCCCAUUAUGGACGACGAGUUGUUAUGCUCUUUGGAAGACUUACAACUCGAGCUGGUGAGUAUUACAUCUAGGUUUACCAAUUGCAACUCGCCGGGGUAUACUCUAGAAGAUAUAGAGACUAUUAUAUUAGACGGUUGCUCUGCAGCACUGUCUACUUCCCAGCACAUUAACAACAAGUGGGAUAAUAUGCCUGAAAUUGGUAGAACUAUCUCUGACCUUAUCGUGUUCUUACAAAACAGUAUCGCAAAAAUCAACGCUCUUAUCGCUCCUGGGACGCAUGAUGCAAACCAGGAAGGUGGACAUAGUCCUGUAUCUCCGGGCAAUAUUGAUGUCGGUCAACUUAGGGAGUGCUGCACAAAUAUCGUGAGAUACUUAUCUAAAGCCGCAUCUGACCUUAGCAUUGCAAAGAUUAAAAUUUUAGAAAGACGUGAUGAGCUAUUUCAGCGAUCUGAUAUAUUUGGGGCCAUUUCGCAGGCGGUCUUCAAGCGUGGUAUACAUACAACAGAGUUUAGCGUUGAAGAGGUUGUCCCUAUGAUUGUUAUGUCACAUUGCAUUGGUGCUUAUGGCAUCAGGGAGUGGUGCAUACGUUACGUGGUAGAGAAGCAGGUUAUAGCUGCUAAUGUUUAUGAAGAUGAGCUUGCAUCACGUGAUGACAAGCAUCUAUCCAUGUUGAAGCCUUCGGCAUUUUUCAGGACCGCUGGUGCCGUAUCUCCUGAAACCAAGGACUUCAUCACCAUUCUGCCUAUCGACUUAUUACAGUACAUGUCGAAUCUGUCGAAUAAAGCGGUGUAACA